AUGCCUACGGACACUAUAUUAUGGCCCCACAUCCGGAGAAUGUACUAUUUCACAACUGACCGUUUACGAAAAUCGUUUCUUCAUCAGAUCUUCCUCAAAAUACUCUUCUUCGUCUCUAUUGUGAUUGAGAGAAAAUGUAACGCAGCUGGUUCUAUUCUUGAUGGAGAGCAAAAAAGCAAAGAGAUCAAUGAACUGCUAUCUGGAUUAGAUGAAGCUGAUGUUCUGAUAAGAAAAAUGGAUCUUGAAGCAAGAAGUCUGCAGCCAAGUGUGAAGGCAAUGCUGCUUGCAAAGCUUCGAGAAUACAAAUCUGAUUUAACAAAACUGAAAAGGGAAGUUAAGAAACUUGCUUCAGCUAAAUCCAGUCUAACUGCACAUGAAGAGUUGCUGGAGUCCGGAAUGGCUUCUUCAGAUCAAAGAGAUAGACUGAUGAUGUCAACUGAAAGGCUAAAUCAAUCUAGUGAGAGAAUUAAGGAUAGCAGGAGAGCUGUGUUUGAAACCGAGGAACUUGGUGUCUCAAUUCUUCAAGAUUUGCAUCAACAACGAGAAACUCUUUUAAAUUCCCAUGCAAAGCUGCAUGGAGUAGAUGAUGCGAUUGACAAGAGUAAGAAAGUGUUAACAGCAAUGUCAAGAAGGAUAUCGAAGAACAAGUGGAUUAUUGGGUCUGUGAUUGGAGCUCUUGUGCUUGCCAUUAUUUUUAUUUUAUAUUUCAAGCUUACUCAUUAGUGACUCUCACUUCUAAAACAUGUUUGACCAUAUUAUAUUGGGUGUAUGUAUGUAUAUAUGUUGUUAUGUUUUAGACCUUGUUUGCAGCUUUGUUAUAAAAUUGACAUCAACUUUGAUUUU